AUGAGUCAACGUGAAUGUGAAGACGAGGAAAGUAAGAAACGAGACCCAACCGGAUGUGAGCUUUCGGAAGCAAGGUUCGCGGAAGCGCCGGUUCCAAAGAAAAGGGGUAGGCCAAGGAAGGAACCGCCAUCAAGUCAAAAACAAACGGGGAAUUCUGUAUCGACAUCACAAGUCGAUGAAGUACCGCUUCCAAAUAAAAGGGGUAGGCCGAAGAAUUUACUGCUAUCAAGUCAAGAACAAAUGACGGAUUCCGUAUCAACACCACAAGCCGAUGAAGUGCCGGUUCCAAAGAAAAGGGGUAGGCAGACGAAGGUACCUGCAUCGAUUGAACAAGAACAACAAGCCGAGGAAGCGGAUGCCACGCCUAUAGUCGAGGUUACAAAGAAAAGGGGUAGGCCUAGGAAGGUACCAACAAUGAUUGAACAAGGGGUGCAUUCUGAAGUCACACCCAUAGUUGAAGGGGUGGCUUUGCAUAUCAAAAAUGAAAGGCCGAAUACGGAACCUACAUCAAGCUGA